GGUGACAGUUAUAUAACAACAAUGGAAGGGAAAUUCUAUUACUGGAAAUGCAUUCUACUUCUGUUACUGUUACUACCGUUUCUGCUUGGCAUUCCAAUGUUAAUACACCGUGGUUUACAUGGCGAAUAUGGCUUCGAUGUUCAUGGCUUCAGUAUCCUUACUAUUGGUAUAAUUCCUUUUAUUUGCGUCUUUCUAUUGAGAGGCAAUCAGUUCAGACUACCUGUAUCGGGUUUAUGUAUUUUAGCAACAGUUUUGGCAACCGGGAUGGUUUUAUAUUAUCUUUCGAGUAAUGGUCUCUGGUGCGCGCAACAUCCAAGCGUUACGCGCGAAAUGUGCGCAAAAUUGAAGCAAUAUGCAUUAUUUGCGUCAACUUCAAAUUUACAUUCCUGGUGGAUGACUUUGGGUGACUUGUUGGCAAUCCAACGUGGCCGCGCUAUGCCGAUGGUCUGGGAACACGAUAUUGACAUAUGUAUAACUCCCGAGGAGUUCCCGCGUUUCGAGAAAGCUCUCGCGUCUCGCGUGGGAUAUUUUGAACCGAAACCAAUUCACUACGGAAAAGGUCAUUGGUAUAUACCAAUUGAUAUGGUAAAGCUUGGUCUAAGAGCUAGAGAAGCGGAAGGAGUCAUCAUAGACGUAUGGACAUGUCCAAAAUCUUUCAAAGGCAAUAUUACUCGGGUGUUAUAUUGUAAUGGUUAUGUGAAUGUUCCAGGGUCAGCAUUGGAUAGACAUAUGUUAUUGACAAAAGAGUAUGGUGACUAUUCCGUGGUAACAUACGAACACCAUGGAAGUAUGUGUAGGUUUUGGAAUGGAUGA